UUUCUCGUUAAUCACCUGUGCGCCUGUAUCAAUAAGAUGGGUCUAGAAUAGGAGGGGCAUUAUUAUUAUCUUGGUUAUGUAGGUUGGUUGGCAUACUGGCACGGCACAGUUGCUCUAGUUCUAACAACCUGGAAUGCAUCGAACGAUUUCCUUGAAUAAAUAAAAUGGAUGUGGAAAAAGAUAAAAUUUCCACCUGGGCGGGCGAAUUAUUAACGUUGAGACAUUGCCCGCAACUUUACAGACUUACCUAACAUUACCCACCUACAUACCUACUCAGCCUUAGAUACCUCAGUCGUACCUCGGUAACAAGCAAACGCCACGUAUUACCAAGAUGUUCAGGGUAUCACCGUUUGAAGCACUCCGCCAGAUAUUUCCUGGCAAGCCGACAUACACGGAGAAAGAUAUCCCAAACUUGUCCGGCAAGGUGUAUUUGGUUACUGGUGCGAACACGGGCCUCGGCAAAGAAGUUGCCCAGAUCCUCUUCUCCAAGCAUGCAACGGUCUGGAUCGCGGCGCGCACCGAGGAGAAAGGCCGCGAUGCGAUCCAAUCCAUUCGCGAAGCAUUUCCCUGGUCGAAGGGUACGCUCGAGUUCUUGCGCCUGGACCUGAGCGAUCUGAGCACCAUCAAGGACUCGGCCGAAACCUUCCUCGCGAAGGAGAAGCGGCUGCACGUCCUGUUCAACAACGCCGGCGUCAUGUUUCCCCCGGCCGGCAGCAAAUCGGCCCAGGGUUAUGAACUGCAGAUCGGCACGAACAACUUGGGGCCGUUCCUCUUCACCAAGCUAUUGACGCCGGCCCUAAUCGAGACGGCCAAGGAAUCACCGCCCGGCAGCGUGCGCGUCCUCUGGGUGUCGUCAUCGGCGGCUGAGUUAUUCAUCCCCGUGAAUGGUGCCAUCGAGUUCGACAACCUCGACUACAAACGCGAUAUCUUCUACAUGAACAAGUACGGGGUUAGCAAGGCGGGCAAUUACUAUCAUUCGACCGAGUUCGCGCGACGUCAUACUAAGGACGGUAUCGUCAGCGUCGCGCUCAAUCCAGGCAAUCUGAAUACAGAUCUGGUUCGGAAUUGCGAUACAGUUACGGGGCUUUGCAUAAGCUCCAUCGUGCAUCCUCGCAUUUAUGGAGCGUACACGGAAUUGUUCGCCGGCCUAUCGGACGAGGUCACGCUCGAAAAGUCGGGUAGUUGGAUUGUUCCAUGGGGUCGGUUUAGCGAUAUUCGAAAAGAUCUGCUGCAGGGUUCGAAGCCCCAGUCGGAGGGAGGCACCGGUAUUGCACAGAAGUUUUGGGAGUGGACGGAGGACCAAGUCAAGCCUUAUGUAUGAUGAUCAUUGGAGGGUGUUCUCUUACAAAUUCAAUCCAGGGUCAUGCCCGUAAACUGGACCAAUUUCAUGUCAGACAGACAUCUUUUACCGAGAUCUUACAUAUGGUCAGUGGUCACUAGCAAAAUUCCAACCGGAAGGAUCCCAUACCUAGUACAGACCAUGUAAGCGUAGGUAGCACAUGCCUUGGUAAUGUCUGUGAAUGUUAAUUUUUCAAAGUGUGUUUGGAAACAUGUGUACUUAGCCGACGUUGCAUGAACCCUACCUACCUAGGUGCCUAGUAUUAUUUUACUGCAUCGAUGUAAGC